UCUAGUCAAGUCUUCUAUGAGGAUGUUGCUGACUUUGCCGUUGGGCUUCUUAUCGAUGUUCUCCGAUGAAUGUCAGCCAGUGAUAAGCCACGAGCUGGUGGCACUCACCCUUGAAAGCCCGCUGACAGUCGUCGCCCAAAAGGAUCCCGAUGGGAAAUGGGAAGUUGGAGCAAUGUCCACGUUGAUUGACGACGUCGGAGCUGCCGCUAUUUACUCCGUUGCCGACCAUGUCAAAGCCUCCCUUGAUUUUAACAUCUCGCUUCAUUCAACAGCCAGGACUCAAGAAGAAGUGGAGAUAGAGGCAAAGGUGAUUGCGGAGAAGGGGAAGCUUUCACUGGUGGUGGUGGAGAUUAGAAGAAAACGGAACGGGGACUAUCACUGAGAACAUCGUGAAGAACGCAGUUUCCCAACACCAUUAGCUUCCCAUCAUCACUCACACAAAUCCCAGCCCCCACUGUCAGCAUCGAUCAGUUAGAGGAAAUGUUCCCAUAGAAAAGGGCUUCUAUCGCUGGUUGACAUUCAUCGGAGAACAUCGAUGAGAAGCCCAACGGCAAAGCCAGCAACAUCCUCGGGGAAGUAGACUUGACCGGCGGUGGUAACCACAAUGCCUCGACGGCGGCAUUCUUGUAAAUGUUCUGCAAAUGUCCCAAUUCUUUAAUGGUUUUACCUUAUUUAAAUUAAAUUAAAAGUUUGGAUAUUAAAAUGAUAAUUUUUUAUGAAUAAUAAUAACAUAGAUUUUACUUUAAUUACAUAAAAUAAAAAAUAAUUAAUAUUAUAAAAAUG